GAGGCUCAACCGCUCAAGACGUGUCGUUUGUGACUAUUUGCCGGCAAAUCUAUCGAAACCCUAACCUUGAUUACUACUUUUACGUACCAAUAGAACAUUGUGAAACGCGUGUCUGCUAAGUAAUACUUCGAUUUUUAUUUUAAAAAUCUACUUUUGAAAAUUACACGAUGUGUGGAAUAUUUUGUGUUUGUAACAAUAAAAAAACAAUUGAUGAAUCAGAGACCCACGAAACUCCAUCAGAGUGGGAACAAUGCAAAGAACUCAUCAAAGCUAGAGGUCUUGAUGCUUAUGGUGAUUGGGAGGAACAAACGGAUCAUUGGAAAUGUCAUUUGCAUGCUAGUGUUUUGUGGAUGCAAGGUAUACGACCAAUUUCACAACCACUCGUUGAUAGCGACCGAAAUGUUCUUCUCUGGAAUGGAGAUGUUUUAAGUGGCAGCAUGCACAUGGAAAAAAUUUGCGAUAGCGAUGUAGUGAUGUCAGCUUUAAAACUUGCUGAAGUACCAUCCGUUUUAAGAGAAGUUAAGGGGCCAUUUAGUUUUAUUUAUUAUCAAAAAUCGUCUAAGUUAUUAUAUUUUGGAAGAGAUCGAUUUGGUAGGCACAGUCUGGUUUUUAGAUUAAAUGAAGAUCAUACGCAACUACUUCUAUCGUCUGUGGCUCCUAAAAGUGUGUCAAAUGUGUAUGAACUACCAGCUAUAGGUAUUUUUGUUGCAGAUUUUAAUAAUGAUCAAAUUCAGCUAAAGUGUAUUCCAUGGUAUGAGCCCAACGAACGGUUCGAAAAUACUUUGAAAGCAUUUUCUGAACAUUUCAAAAUAAAUAUAAAUGUUGUAGAAACUGAAUAUUUACCUAAAAUGGAAGGUUUGUCCCUGAAUAUUAUUCCUAACUCUGAAAUGGGAUUUUUAAAGUAUACAAACCUUUGUGAAGAAUACAAAACAUUUGAUGAUAUAAUGUCUCAUAUGUUGAAAAAAGAAAACAUUAGCCAAACUGUGAAUAACUUAGAAAGGGUACUUAAUGAAGCAGUUAGAAGAAGAGUAAAAAUAAUACCCAAAUAUUGUAAAGAUUGCACUAAAAUAAGAUUUGAACAAAAUGCAACUUGUCAACAUUCAAAAGUAGGUCUUUUAUUUUCUGGAGGUUUGGAUUCAGCAGUACUUGCAGUUCUAACCCAUAAUCAUCUUGAUAGUAAUGAAACAAUUGACCUUAUUAAUGUAGCAUUUGAAAGAAAAAACAUAACUAAUUACGAAGUGCCAGAUAGAAUUACUGGGAGACAGACGUACAAUGAAUUGUUACAAAUUUGCCCUGGAAGAAAAUUCAAUUUUGUUGAUGUCAACAUUACAGAGCAAGAACUUGAAAAAUAUAGAUCAACACGGAUUGCAAAUUUAGUGAAUCCACAUUCAACUAUUUUAGAUGACAGUUUAGCUUGUGCAGUUUGGUUUUCCAGUAGAGGAAAAGGAGUGUUAUAUCCCAGUAAACAAGCUUACAACUCAACUUGUCGAGUUCUUUUACUUGGCAUGGGGGCAGAUGAACAAUUUGGUGGUUACAUGAGGCAUAGAACCACUUUGAAAAAUAAAGGCUGGAGUGCUCUGACAGAUGAAUUGAAACUUGAAUUUGCAAGGAUUUCAGAAAGAAAUUUAGGCCGAGAUGACAGAAUGGUUGCUGAUCAUGGCAGACAAUCAAGAUUACCUUACUUGGAUGAAGAUUUAGUUACCUUUGUUCAAAGAUUACCUCCUUGGGAAAGAUGUUGCCCUAGUGAAAACUUCCCACCAGGACUAGGUGAUAAGCUCCUGUUACGUUUAUUGGCGCGAAAAAUUGGACUGAACGAAGCUUCAAAAUUACCGAAACGAGCUUUUCAAUUUGGUUCGCGAAUUGCAGAUGGAAAAGAAAACGCCAAGGACAUAUCCAAACGCAUAUAAUUAUUCAAUCGUAUCAUCUUUUCUG